AUGUUUACGCUCCAGUACUUGAACCCAGUGCGCGUCAAAGCAUCUGUGCGGCAGGGGGGUGUAGCGGUUUGCCGCAGGGACCAGAGACGCGUGCGGCUUGUGCCUGCGAUACAUGCGCAACUCUUGCGGAACUUGAAGUAUGCGAUUCCUGACGAGAAAUUCAAACAGUUUGCUACCCGCUCCGGCGGGGAGUUUAUCGGCUUUGAGGCGUAUUUCGAUGCGACGACUGGAGAACCGCUCGAAGUACCAGAGCGUUUUGUUCCUCAGGAGUACCGCGACUGGCACGUUCGUGUGUUCGGUCUCGAUGAAAACUACUCAGAGGCUAUUGAUGGGGCCACGCUUUUUGGCAAAAGGCAGCUUAUAGACGUGAAGGUUGGUUGCCAAGAAGAUGCUGUGAGUGCAGAGGCAAAGCAUAUCACUAUAGAUCUCAGCAGAACGGAUAUGCAUGCAGUAUUCCCAUGUGGAUGCUUCUCAGCACGUCUAUCAGCGACCUCAGCACACGAUGAGAAAGUUUUGUUCUCUUUAAUAUUUCGCGAUUUGAAAGAGCUGCGUCGCAUCCAAAUCGAAUUCACCGCGUUUCCGCUGGAGUCGAAGCACCCGUUUGGUCGGGAGAUUGUCGUUCGGCGCGAAAUGUAUGAUCAGCCGUUUAACGGGGGGGUUCAGCUCAUCGGUUGCGGCGGCAAAGUUGAGAGCUUCGUUACAUUUGAACGCCGGCUAGGUUCACCCCGCGGCCUGCGUCGUCGCAUUUGCUCGCUAGACGAUCACGUGUCUAUGGAAACGAUUCGGGAUCUUGCAGGAGAUACUCGACAAGAAUUUAGAGAGGUACACUUUCUGAGCUUGCCGGCAAACAUCAGCGUGCGUCGUUAUGCGACGCGCGAUGCAAGUACACUCGUCUAUGAGGCUGCUGCUAUGAUCAGUGAUCUCUCGACUGGGCCUGGUCCAGCGCUAGCGCUGGCAAGGAACUACGAUGCAAGCACUGGCCAAUACAAGGGCUCAGAGCUUUUCAUCGAAUUCUUUGAGAACUAA